GGAGGCGCUCCCCUUUCCGCCGCGAGAGCUCGGCUCUCAGGCCCACCAGGCAUCAAGGGUAUCAUAGCGUCAGGAAAGACCACUGGUAUUGCAUUCUUUGCCUCGCUUGGUGGUUUCGUAUAUGGUUACAAUCAGGGCAUGUUCGCCCAGGUCUUGACCAUGAACUCUUUUAUCAGAGCGGUAAGUAGUUGGAGCUUCGAGAACAUGUCUUUACAACCUCCUAACCAAUACCUUAGNACAAAUGGUUACGCCAAAGGUACAGGUCUUGCCCAGGGUCUGCUGACUUCGAUACUGGAACUUGGUGCGUGGGUUGGAACCCUCAUCAAUGGCUAUCUGGCCGAUGCUGUCGGACGACGUUGGUGUGCACUGAUCGCCUGCUGCGUUUUCACCAUCGGUGUUAUCGUUCAAGCCUGCACUGUCAACAAGGACUACGUCCUUGCUGGCCGUUUCGUUACUGGUCUUGGUGUCGGAUCUCUAUCGAUGGUUGUUCCGCUGUACAACGCCGAGCUCUCGCCCCCUGAGAUCCGAGGAUCUUUGGUAGCAGUGCAACAGCUUGCCAUAACUUUCGGCAUCAUGAUCUCCUUCUGGAUUGGUUAUGGUGGGUGCAUACCGAUACAAGAAACUUGCAGCUCCACAAUUGACAGCCGGCANGGAACAAACUUCAUCGGAGGUACUGGUGAUUCGCAAUCAGACGCCGCUUGGCUGGUACCAAUCUGUAUCCAGAUCCUUCCUGCUCUCAUCCUCGGAGCAGGUAUGAUGAUGUUUAUGCCCGAGUCGCCACGUCACCUGAUGAACAAAGACCGGGAGGAAGAGGCACUCACAACAUUGGCCCGUUUGAGAAACAAGACCACCGAGGAUAUGGGCGUGCGCGUUGAAUACCUCGAAAUCAAGGCUCUCCGCGACUUUGAAGUCGAGACCGCACGUAAGAAGUAUCCUCAGUAUCAGGAUGGGAGCUUCAAGAGCAACUUCUUGAUUGGUUUCCAUGAUUACGCUUCUUUGAUCACCAACCCGUCGUUGCGUAGAAGAACAAUGGCAGCAUGCUUGACGAUGACUUUCCAGCAGUGGAACGGGUUCGGUUUCGACGGCAACACUCUGGCUCUACUGGCGACCGGCGUUGUUGGCGUGAUCGAGUUCCUCCUCACCAUCCCUGCUGUCCUAUAUGUCGACAAAUUCGGUCGCAAGUCAAUCCUCCUUGCUGGAGCGAUCGGAAUGGCCACAUGUCAUUUCAUUGUUGCCGGUCUCAUCGGUUCCUACUCAGAUGACUGGCCGAGCCACGUCGCCGCUGGUUGGGUCUGCAUCGUUUUCGUGUGGGUGUUUAUUGGAAACUUCGCCUACAGUUGGGGACCCGUGUCCUGGAUCGUGGUAUCUGAAGUCUUCCCCCUCAGCAUGCGCGCCAAGGGCGUUUCUCUCGGUGGCAGUGCCAACUGGCUAAACAACUUUGCUGUGGGAAUCUCGACCUCGCCUUUCAUCAACACGUCUCAGUUCGGCGCUUUUAUCUUCUUCGGCUGCGUGACCGUCGUCGCUGCGCUCUGGGUCUACUUCCUUCUGCCGGAAACCAAGGGUCUGACUUUGGAAGAGAUGGAUGAACUGUUUGGAGAUGCUGGGUUCGCAGAGGCCGAUCUGGCACUCAAGGCGAAGAUCGAGAGGGACAUUGGUCUCACGGCUCUCUUGUAUGGAGAUCGGGAGCCGAUGAUGACAGAGAAGGCUGAUGCAAAAGGCAAGGGUGAGGAGAUGGAGUUCAAGGAGGAUACAAAGAGCAUCAGUCUU